CCCACUUCAGGACUGAGCCAUUUGACGUCAUCCUGCAGCGACGGUGCGUCAGCCUCAAACAUGGCUUCUAGGUUAGAAAUAAAUUUUAUCAGACUAUUGUCUCGCUGUGAAUCUAUAGCGUCGGAGAAACGAGGAGAAACUGAAUGGAGACUAGAGAAGUAUGUUGGUGCCCUGGAGGAGAUGUUGGUGGCUCUGAGGAAAUGCCACAGCAAACCCACACAAGAAGUCCUGACUGAAUACACCAGAAAAGUUGACUUUCUGAAGGGACUUUUAGAGGCAGAGAAACUGUCUUCACCAACAGAAAAGGCUUUAGCUAAUCAGUUCCUCGCUCCCGGGCGAACGCCGACGAUAGCCAAUGAGAGGAUGCCCGCCACUAAAACUGUCCACAUGCAGACGAAGGCCCGCUGUACAGGAGAGAUGAGAGACGAGCUGCUCGGCACGGGGAAGUCAGGCAAAGGCACAUCAGAAACAGACCUGCGGAACAGGAGAGGGCUUCCUCUGGAUGAGCGCCAGUCCGCCGCGGAGCUGGAAGCCGUCCUGCAGCAUCACCACAACCUGCAGGAGAAGCUGGCAGACGACAUGCUCAACCUGGCCCGAAACCUGAAGAACAACACGCUGGCAGCACAGAACAUCAUCAAACAGGACAACCAGACUCUGAGCCAGUCGAUGCGUCAGGCGGACAUGAACUUUGAGAAGCUGAAGACGGAGUCGGAGCGGUUGGAGCAGCACACCAAGAAGUCUGUCAACUGGCUGCUGUGGCUGAUGCUCAUCCUGGUCUCCUUCACCUUCAUCAGCAUGAUCCUCUUCAUCAGAAUCUUCCCCAGACUCCGAUGAUGAACGUCUCCCAGUCCUGAACUCUUUAGUCCUACAGCCUCCUGUGUUUACAGAGCAGUAACUACAUAGGCCUCAUAGAUCUAUACAGCAUGUCUGUAGUGGUCAGAACCAAAACCAACGCAGUUUGAUGAACUGAAACAUUUGCACUUUUUGAAGCUGAACAUUUAAAAUGUGGUUUGAAGCAUCAGUAUUCCCUUUUUUUAACCAGAGCAGAACAUGAGUGGAGGUGAAGAGCUUCUUGCUGGAGGGCAUUUGGGAGCAGCAACAUAGUCUUAAUAUGCAGACAGCAGCGACUGAGCCUUAAUUAUUUUACUCCCUCAUCAGGUAGGCUACCAGCCAUCAGCACAUGUGUGUAUGUUCUUACUUUGUGGGGCUUUAAAUCAUUUUCACCUUGUUGUCUGAAAGAGUUCACGAGCCGUCCACCAUCUACUAUAUUGGCCACAGGUCCAACCCUGCGUUGGAUUAAUAUAAUGCAGAGUGGAAAAAAUAGAUCAAAUGAAAAAUUUUACCUUUACUAUAAUGUCCUCUGUUAGCAUUUAUAAGCACUACGUACUUGCUUAAUAAAAAGGUUUACAACACACUACAAUGACAUUUUUGCGUUUAUAAUAAAGGAUAACUCUGCCAAGUUUACACCUUAAAGUGUGUUCACUGGUCUUGGGAAGUACUGCAUAUAUUAAGCCUUUGGCUACAGUGUCUAAUUUGCAUUGUGGGUAAUGUAGGCGGCAGGUUUUGAAAAGCAGUCCACUGAUGUAGAUUUUUCACUUGAAGUCUGCUGCUUGUACACAUUAAGCAAUACAGCAGAAGAAGAUAUAUCUCUCUUUUUUUUUUCACUCAGUCUUCGUUCUUUUUAAAACUGUUCACACCUACUGUACCCACAAUGCAACUCAGCUACUGAGUGACAUCACUGGAGGCACUUCAUCAGAUUACAUGCUGCUUCUUCUGAAGCCAUAAAAUGCUUUACGAAAUAAUAACGUUGCUUAAGCCGGCAAGCACACUUUAAUGUGUGAAAUUGAUGGAGUUACCCUUUAAAACAGUCCUUGUCAUCAAAUAUAAGUUCUCCUAUGAAGACAUACUUUAUUCCAACUACUUCAUCAUUCACCGGCUCUUUAUACACCAUCCUCCACGAGAGCACUCAGGAGGAGCUGUAGUUGGGAAAUACAUCGCUCAAGGUUCAAAUCUGUCGCAGACUUCAUGGUAGUUUUGUUUAUGUUUUAUGAUAGUGCUUAUAAAUGCUGGAUAAGAGGAUUAAAGUGAAGUGGUACCAAUUGUUUUCACAAAUUACAAACCAGAUUUCAAGUAUCAGUGUAAUUGUGUCAUCAUCUGUUUGAAUUCACCAUGCAGAGGUGUCGAGCUUUGAGCUGUUAGAUUUGUUUUGUUUUGUUUUUUUUUUGUUUUUUUUUAGUUGAAUAUGUCCCAAAUCCCCAGUCCAGUCCAGUUUGUUUAUGUCUUGGUGAACGUGUUGGUGACGAGGCUGCUGAUGAAGUACUUGGUUUUGUUCUCAUCAAAUGACUGUAACCCUGUAGAAACAUUUAUUUCAUCUAGAGCAGCAGCUGUGUGUGUGCGUGUUUAGAAUCGAAUCAAAUUAAAUUAAUUCCAGAAAACUGUAA